UAUUGUCACUGCUCCGCCUGUCGUGAUAGCGAGAAUUCGUUGUGAAAGAAAACGUUUUGGACAUUUCAGUCUGGAAUAUUGAGGUAUAUUGUCCGGCCAGGCAGUCAACCCUCACCUGACUCGUUCAUUAGAAGGAGAGGCAGUAAGUAAACAGUAUCAUAACAUUGCAAUACACUGCUUAUCGUUAACACAUUCGCCAACAUCUGGGUCAGUGGAUACAGCGAACCGCCAUCUUUGUGAGCUACAGUGUGACUCAGUAACUUAGAAUCCAGGAUGGCUGAGCCACACGAAAGAGAGUGUGCUGUGUGCACGAAUGACUUCACAACACCAAAGAUUCUACCCUGUGGUCAUCUCCUGUGUCGACAAUGUGUUAUCUCCUGGAUGGACUCCAAACCUGAUGCCAGUUGUCCUCUGUGUAGAUGUCCUAUAGUAGAGCAGUCAGAUGGAAGUUCGUCCGCCACUGUUGACGCCCUGCCGACAGACUUUGUGAUGGAAGCGCUGGUGGAGAGCGCUCGUGUGCUGAGUAAAGAUCACCUUUGUUGUGUGUGUGAGGACGUCAGGGCGGACUUCAUCUGUCUGCAGUGUCAGGUCAUGUUGUGUACAGCCUGUACGAAAGUACACAAGAAGAUGUCGGCGACUCGCAGUCACGAUGUGGAGAGUCUCAGCACUGUGACACCUGAACGUCUGGCUGCCAGCCGCCAUGCACUGUGUGCUGACCACGGCGACAAACAGGCGGACAGCUUUUGCUUCUGUCACCGACUCGUUGUCUGCAAAUUCUGCAAGGUUCAGAAACACAGUGAAUGUUUAAAAGUAAGCGAUUUUGAUUUUGAAAUACAUUCAGCUGAAAACUCACUUACCCACCUAACAAAGAUUUUGGUAGAAGCGGAGCAGAAGCUAGAGCAGGUUAUAGGUCAGCUGACGUCACGUCUACAGGAAGUUGAUGUCAGUGAACAAGAAGACAUGGCGCAAGUAGACAAGACAUGUGACCGUCUUCAGAAGCUGGUGGAAGAUUUCCGUAUGAGGUUGAUGGAAAAGACACGUACGUCACAUCUGCAAAUCAGGAAUACAUUACGUGACGUCAAGACUGCCCUGAGCAACCGUCUAGGGAAGGUGACGUCACACAAACACAUUGUGAUGCGAACCACGGCAGUGUCACCACGUCCUGCACUGAUACACAUGACACAGGCUCUGACAGACAGGGUCAACAGCCUUGACCUCAGCUUUGACUUGAAACAAGUGGUGUGGGAGAAGCCCUUUUCAAGUGCAGAAUGGAGUCAAGAUGUUGUGGGUCGGAUAAAAAACGAGCUCCUGAAAUUGGAGGAGCUGAAGACUAAGUUUAAAAAAAAGAGUUCCUUCUCAAGCUGCUCGUUCAAAGUGGAAAAGACUGAUAAGCAAAUUAAGCCUUACCUGCCAAGUGAUUCUUCCAAAAAGAAAAAGUUUGUAAAGAAAAGCCAGUUGGACCCACAGCCACCAGUCCUUGUGUUCCACGACAACUGCGGAAAAAACAUUUGUCUGACGAACGGUAACAGGACCGCGGAGAAGAUAAAGCUGAAUACAUACGGUGACGGGGUGGUUGUGUCACGUGACCCUAUGUUAGCGAACGUCUUGUAUGAAGUCAGAGUGGACGAAGUAACAGGUGGGAACAACGAGCUAGCACUGGGUGUGACAAGAAUUUCUCCUGCACACCUUACUGUGACACAGUGGUCUACAGAACUGCAAGACUCCGUUAUCAUCAUACGCGGUUGGGUCUUCUACCGGCAAGCUUCCCUGUCUGUGCCGUUACCGCUCGCAAAAGGUCUCAGCACACUUGAAGUCGGGAGUCGAGUCGGGUUACUGGUGACCUCAUCCAACGACCUUCACCUCUACAUCAACGGACAGGACCAGGGCGUUGCAGCAAAAAAUGUUACACAACCCUGGUUUGCUGUAUUUAAUGUUAGCAGUACAGUUACUAAGGUGACAGCCCUUCCUACAUCUUGGAGAACAUAAAGAAUAUCAGAGAAGAAGAAGGCUGAGAGAAUAAAACUAGAAUAUUUUGAGUGAUCGACGAUGACACCAACCUGGGCGUUCAUAUUACCACUGAGAGCUCCAGUGAAUUUAUUUCGUCAAUGUCAUUGCUAUCCAUAACAAGACGAGUACACAUUGCAUCUGUGUAUGAUUUUUUCCAGUUGAAAGAUAUUAGGGUUAGAAAAAUAAAAUAGAAAAAUAACUGGAUGGGAUGCAUUGCUGUCCCACACACAUAAUGAAAAGAGGGUAAACAGUUUCUUAGCAUGUAGAGAAGUGGUAUGAUACAUUAUUUCAACAAAUAAAAUAUAUUGUGUAAGCACUACGAAAGUAUACACAUGAGUGCUGAUGUAAAUUAGUUAAAUACCUUAAAUCGACAUCUGACUUCUGGGUGUGUUCAUUAAUUUUAAAAAGGUUGUUCAUAAGUUACUGUUUAUCGAUAAUGAAAAUAAUAAUCCUUUGUGAUUUGCUUCUGCUACCCAAUAAGUAAACUUAUUACUUACAGUUUCUGUUCCGCUGCGUAAAGAGACUUUCCUGACUGUGUGGGUGGAUUAAACACUUUCAUGAUGCAUUCCUUCAUAGCUCGCAUCACAAAUAAUUUGGUUUUAAGAAAUCCUGCUACAGAAUCUUCACAUAAAAUAAAUACUGAUCAAUAAUGAAAUAUAAAACACAUAAGUAAAAACACACGCCAAUAUACAUUUUGAAAAUAAACAAAGCUGAAU